CCGGACAUAAAAGAAAAGACAUCGAUAGCAAAACUUGAAUACUGUAAAAGAUCGACAGAUAGCUUAUGUUGCAAGAACCCAAUUAUUACUAAUUUUAUUAUUUUAAUUUUGUGUUCAAGUACAAUUAUUAUUGUUAUUCACGCUAACGGCAAUAGCUCCUUAUCUUCGAGGUUAAGUGUCUGUGUCUCUACUUUCACUUUCAAAUCUGCAAAUUAGACUUUGGGGAACUUGUUCUGCUGAAAUAGGCGCAGUCUUUUUAAGGCUACUUUCAUUGAAGUUUACAAGUUAGUGGCUUUCAAACAAUUAUAUGGGGAACUGCUUGGCUAAGCAUCAGGAUAAGGAUAAUGAUUCUGAUCAACAUGUGGAGUUUGCUGCUGGGAAUGUGGUACUUAUUACCACAAAAGAAUCUUGGGACCAAAAGUUGGAAGAAGCAAGGAAGGAUGACAAAAUUGUGAUUGCAAAUUUCAGCGCAGUGUGGUGUGGUCCUUGCAAGAUAAUUGCGCCAUAUUACUGCGAGUUGUCUGAGAAAUACACAUCUAUGAUGUUCUUAUUAGUUGAUGUGGAUGAACUAACUGACUUUAGCACUUCAUGGGACAUCAAAGCCACACCAACUUUCUUCUUUCUUAAAGAUGGACAACAACUUGACAAACUUGUAGGAGCCAACAAGCCAGAGCUUGAGAAGAAGGUUGUUGCCAUUGCUGAUUCAGUUCCUCAGAAUAAUAAGCAGUGACUUGCUUUAUUUCUGUCUGUAGAUGCUGUGGCCUCUCUUCCGUCACAAGUCGUGAAUUCAUGGCCAUAUUGAUGAGUACUUCUAAAUGUUUUGCUGCGAGUGUCUUUGUAUUUUUAACUUGGAUGUAAUGUAAAUAUAAAUUUCAGAGUGUCUCUGAUUCGAAGUAAUGCUGCUGUUGUAGUGAAAAAAGCUUGUGCAAAUAUAAAAUUUGUUCUGCAUUAUUAAAGAGUUUGAUUCUUUUAAAUAA